ACAAGAUCCAAAGUUCAAGGAAGUAUAUCAAACGUUUCACAGUGGUUUCUCCCCUGGUAUUUACCACGCAAGUGACUUAUGUUCAAGUGCUUCCUGCUGAACUGUGCUCAGUAUGUGCAUGGCAGAGAGAGAGAGAACAACGGUCUACCAAUGUCAUAGUGAUUAUUCUUUAUUUUGUGCCCUCAAAGUGACAGAAUUUCCUUGUUGAGAAUUUUGUGUCAUUGAUAGGAGGGACUGCUGCCAUGAAUGAAACCUGGAAUUGUACUGUCAACAGCACAGAUGUUCUGCCAGAUCGGUACAGGUACACCUUACUGGCCAUGUACACUGUGAUCUUUGUUGUCGGCAUCAGCAGUAUCGCACUCAUGAUUGAUACGCUGAAGUCCAGCAGGCGAUCGGUCACCACCAUGGCAGUGCUCAACUUGAUAGCCGCACACAUACUGUUCCUGCUGACUGUGCCCUUCCGCAUAUACUUCUACAUCUGCUGCCACUGGGAUUUGGGCAGCGGGUUUUGCAAGUUGAUCAGCGCGAUGAUCCAUGCGCACAUUUACAUUGUCUUCAUAUUCUACAUCAUCAUCCUGGUCGUGCGGUACAUCACCUUCUUCAGCCGGAGGGACAGACUGGAGUUCUACAGGCGAGUCCACGCUCUGGCGGCCAGUGUGGCGAUAUGGGUGGUCAUCCUGGUAGUCAUUUUUCCGGUGACUAUAGUAGAGUAUGGCUCAGACACAAAAAAAGAAAAAUACCAGUGCUUUGACUAUGGAAAUGCUUUGCGUGGCAAGGGAGUCACCAUUAUAAACUACCUUCUUUGUGCCGUGCUGCUGCUGGUGACUUCCUUGCUCCUGGCUGUCCAGCUUUGGAUACUGGGGAUGAUCUACAAAAAAUAUGGCAACACAGCACUGAGUCACCAGGAGUUCUGGGCUCAGGUGAAAAGCCUGUGCUUUGUAAUGGUCAUAUUAAUUUGUUUUGCCCCUUACCAUGCUUUCCGGAUUUAUUAUGUGACCAUUAUAUUCUCGGAGGCUGAUUCCCAUCUGGAGCUGCAGUGGAAUAAUGAGAUUUUUCUGGCUGUGACAGCCUUCAGCUGUUGGGAUAUGCUCAUUUUUGUUAACACAAAGCGUUGGAGCAGCAUUCAGUCUCGAUGUGCUAUUUGUCGGUAG